AUGGCGCCGACCAAGAAACGCGAAGCGCGCGAAAACAAUUACUACAACGUUGGUGUGCAGGGAAGGAAAACUGGCAUCACACUCGAAGACAAAGGCAUAUACGACGAACAUGGCCUCGAACCAGUCUCCGGCAUCUUCUCGUCACCAGAGCGGUCCCCACCAAAGCGCGGAGAAGGUGCGACAGGAUCAGGGUCAAUGGAAAUACAAAACAGUUCCAUGCCCGACCUCAUGACAUCCCACCAAAUCCUGCGGAACAGCCGAACAAACCUCCCUCCGCCCCGAUCGCGAUCGCCCAAGAAGACAAACCUCGGUUCCUCGCCGCGAAGACAAUCGUCCAUGGCGUUGCGCAGCUCACUUCCCCCAUCUAGCCCUGUGCGCGACUCUUCCCAACCGAUUGCGCGACGCCUCGACUUUGAACAGGACGAAUCCAGCCUACAGGAAACACCAGCGCUGAGCGGGUCUGGCGCGAGGCGUGGAGCGAAGCGAUCCGACGUGUACGAUAUACCCGAAGACGAAUCGCUGGCGCCAGACCCGAGUGCGGUUUUUGAAGAAAGCAUACAGGAAGAAAUUGCGAGCCAGUCGGCCGCACUGCCCGAGGAGAGUUUUGUCGGACAAAUAGGAGACGACAGCAUGACGGACGACGAGGCAGUUGAGGAACUGGAGAUUAACGAGGUUCAACAAGACUCUGAGGUUGUGUCAGAACCUCCGAAGGACAAGGCCAAGAGGGGCAGGAAACGGAAGAGCGAUGUUGCGCAAGAUUCAGAGGGGGAGCAGGAAGCAACAGAGCAGCCACGCAAACGGGGUCGCCCUACGAAAGAAGCCUCGGAAUCACAGAAGAGCAAGAAGAUUGCGCCUACACCAGCGACAGAGCGCCGACGGUCGCAGCGUGUGUCUGAUAUCAGCGAAAUGGAGGCACCCAUCGAUGAUUCUGUAGACCAAUCUGAGCAGGUUGAGGAGCAAAUUCAGGAGCCACUUAUUGCACCGAAACGACGGGGGCGGCCACCCAAAGUACAACCAGAUACUGAACAAGAAGAAAGCAUCGUCGAUGCGCCAGUUGAAGACCCAGUGGAUCAAUCCGAACAGAUUGACGAAGUGCCUGCACCGAAAAAGCGAGGACGACCAGCCAAAGUACAACCAAAUGGCGACAGAGCGUCAGCAUCAGCAUUGGCCAAACCAGCUAAGAGCGGCGCCCUAGCAGAGAAGUCUGAUUCAGAAUUUGCAAGACCUGAGAAACCCCGGGGUAGACCACCAAAAGCCAGUGCAGACUCCAGUAAAUCAGCUCCAAAACCAAAGGAAAAGUCAAAAGAGAAGACUCCACAGGCGGAGAGCGAAGAAGCCGGCAAGCUAGUAGACGUCUACGGCAACCCUCUCAGUAAAAAAGACAUCGAUCAAAUGUCUGCAACAUCAGGCGGUUCGCGCUUCGGCCGCGGUCGUCACCUCUCCGUCUUCCGCGAAAUGGAUCCAGAUAACGUUGCGAGAGUGGGUCGGACGGGUCGACACCGCGUUGCGCCCAUUGAUUUCUGGAAGAACGAUCAUAUCAGUUAUGAGCCGGACGGGAGUAUGAGUAGUAUCGUUAAGAGCCAGGCUGUUGAGGAGGAGAGGAGGGUGGGGAGGAAGGCGUAUAAGACCAAAGGCAAGAAGAAAGUGACUGUAGAAGAAGAGGAGAUUGAACUCGAUCCCUGGGAGGAAGAAGGCACACUCGUUGGCAAUUUUAGAGGAUUCGAUCCUGUUGGUGAGGUUGCGAGUGGUGAGAUUGUCGAGGAUGCAAUCGCGUGGACACAAAACGGUGUCCAACCCCGCGACGUAGGCGAUGGCGGCUUCAAAUACGCAAAAAUCGGGUCCGUCGGCAACUUCUUCAACUGGGGGCUCAUUGAACUGGGACCCGAUCAGAUGAAGCGGACCAAGAACUCAAGAGCGGGACGGUGGAGGUGA